UCAAUCAAGUUAUCUUACUUUUCCUGAAAAGGUAAGCCGUACCAAUCGAAGACAAACAUUUUCGUUGGUGGAUGACGAGAAAAUGUAAGUGACGAUUUGGAUCUGGCUGUGGUACCCCCAUGUCGGUCGCGGUGACAGCGUCAACGUUCCAUCUACAGUCAUGAGCUUCCUCGUGCCGUCGCAACGAGGCUUGGUCCAACAAACAUUAACUGAAUUCCCUUCAGUACAUAACCAUCCAGACAGAUCGCAAUUGCCCCUUUCCUCCUUUCAAGGGUAUCCUCACCCUCACCAGGGCAUGCCAUCCGCCUCAAAUACUUGCUUUCUACCUCCUUUGCCUCCAGAUCCAAUGGCACACACUUUACCAAAGCUAGGGGAAACGCGCUGUUACUGGUCCCUGCUAUCAUCAGACCUCUCUUUCAUCUAUCUUGAUCCCAUCCUUGCUAAUCAUCUCGACGAUCAGGCGCCAUUACUCCUCGGAAAGUCCCUUUUGUACUUCGUGCAUCCCGACGAGCAAGAGACCGCUCGCAACGACCUGACAGAUGCCCUCGAGCAAAAAACUAUGCACGGCAGCGUGACAAGGGUAAGAUAUUGCCGACUACCCAAAGUCCGUCGCAUCCUCGGGUACGUCGGCAUGAACCAGUCAUGGAACGACGCCGACAAAGCGUCGUCCAAUGAAUACUACAUGCCCGUCGAUAUCGUGAUCAGCUGGGCCGCAGAAGGCCUAGUCCUGUGUUUCAUACAUGCAGUACCUGAACUCGACCUCGCGGAUAAUAAUGAACACCCCAAGUCACCUUGGGCCACUUGGUGCGGAACGCCGAUGAUGAACUCGAGCCAUUUACAACUUCUUUACCAACGGCUGCAUUGCUGCUGCCCGCAGCCCGGAGUGCUCAGCAAGGUGUUCCAGAUCUUGACCAAUUCUAGCAAUCAAGAUUACCAGCUGCUGUUCACCUGGCCGCCGGACACCAGCCAUGAAUACUCCAACAAGCCGUCUGCGAAGGAUUUUGCCAGGAGAGCGGAAGGUGUCCUGCCAUCCUCGCACGACGGUAAUGUCAAGACGAACUGCACAAAGAGAUGGAGAAUUGGUGGCACAAUGCCUGCAAUCAAUGGCGAAGUGGAGAGCGUCUUCAUACCUCAUGGAGCUAUCAUGUUCGCAUGUCAUACGAUCCAGCCCAACCCUCGCAACGGAGUCGGCACGCCGUCACAUCCGCAGUAUCCAACAAGAACCAACGAAAGUCAUGUAUCCCAGACGCCUCAACAUGCUUAUGAUAUGUCAGCGAAUUCUUAUACUUUUCCACCCGUAUCCGCGUCAAUCCCAACCUACAACCAUCUCAGUAAUUCUCUUUCAUCACCAUAUCCAUCUCAGUCCUGGACGGGACACACAGAGUGCUCUUCGCUUUUGAAUUACAACAGGUGGCCCAACAGUAGUUCAACACCAAUGGCGUCAAUUCCCGGGUCAUGCCCUGUCCGCGAAGCAACGUACGGAGUUCCGUCUCCAUGCAGGCCCGGCGACUCCCCGACUUUCGGUGAUUUGCGUGCGCCACAACACGGGUAUUCAACCCCAGCAAACCCGAAUGCAGAGUACAUCGACAGGCGCGGAAGUGACAUUCCUGGACUGUCAAGCUCUUUCCCAGAUGGCGUUCCGCCCCCAAGACGUCGCGGUAGCCCCGGAGUAAUACGCGAUGUGUACAGUCGCCCAGGCAACCGCCCUGUUGGUACACUGAAGUGCACCAGCUGUAAGACGACACAAAGUCCUGAGUGGCGGAAGGGUCCUAGCGGACGGAAAGAACUUUGCAAUGCGUGUGGUCUCCGCUACGCCCGUUCCCGUGCGAAAAAGGAGGGACACGUGGUGACGGGACAGCGCCGGAAAAAGGAGAAGCCCGCGUCUGUGGGGUUCAAAGAGGACUCUAUUCAUCCCCAGUCUCCGCCAAUAGCGAUUGCCGGUGCCACUGCCCGAUCUACCGCCUUCGAGAGUAGUUCGGUUGGCUCUGCAUCUGGUAGCGAGAUUUACUCACAACACAGUCCCGUGGCGACAGAGGCGUCGCCAUCGCCUCCCAGCCUUAAUUUUGUACAUUACUCGCAUCCCCCGCCUGCUCGUGGUGUCCAACCGAGAAGCGAUCGACGGUCAUCGUUCCAACCAAGUGGCUCGUUCCAGGCUGCGCCAUCUCCACUGGCAACCCAACAGACGCACCGUAGCUAUAGGAAUCGGGAAGAUACGACUCCCCUUUCCUCGCGGUUUGCACCAUACAGCGGUUACGUCAGUUCGACAACCUCUGCCAAUGCGUCACCAGUGGGGACUCUUACCCCCCUGCCUUCCUUUGAACGAGACAAGGUCGAUGAUCGAUACCUGGCACCUCCACCUGGAUCUUCGGAGGCCAAGUAUGAUAGGUUCACGAUGGCCAUGCAGCGCUGAAGCGCAUCUUUAUGCAGAUAUUCGUUUUCUGAGGUUUAUUUGUUGCGUGCAUGUAGUGAGAUGCCAUGAGUUUCAGCCAGUUAGCGCAUGCUUGUUUUCAUUUCGCAGUGGUAUCUUACUAUCUAUCCACUUCACUCAUGGUCAGCCGUUUACACUCUUCCCUCAGACAAGUGGACCCUCUAGGAAAAAAUAGUAUUCUAUUAGUCUCAAAGUGUAUUUCUAUCGUACUACUGGACGUCUAAUAAAACAGAUUGAACUGGCC